GUGCCUUCUUUUCAUGAAUUCCAAAGAACUGGUUUCCCCUUUCUGAACAGACACACAUACCUACACAGAAGCUCUCGGCUCUCCCUAUAUGCACACGCACUUUUUAAAAACAACACACACCCCACCCUACAGCCAGCUGCUUCUGGUUAGGCAGUUGGGACGGUGGUGAAGAGGAGGAGCAGCAGGCCGGAGUCAUGGAGUGGCAGCUGGAGCUCGCCGCUCUCGGUCUGGCCCUCACAGGGUGGCUUUGUGCCAUUCUGACACGCUGCCUGGCCCUGUGGAAGGUGAGCGGCACCGUGGACAACACCACGGCUACUAUGCCUGCAUACUGGGACGGGGUGUGGCUGGAAUGGGAUCACUGGGAUUUGGCCCACGAUGGCAGCUUGCACUGCUCCUUCUACCAGUCUCUCAUGUCUCUGUCUGGGAGCUUUCGGACGUGGAGAGCCCUCAUCAUGUCAGCCAUCGGAGCCGGGGCUUUUGCUGUGGUGAUUGGAGCGGUGGGGGCGGUGUGGUUCCCUAAGCGUGGCCAGGUCAAAGUGUUUUCUGGUGCUCUCUUUGUUUUGUCUGGAAUCCUGAUGCUGGUUCCCACAGCCUGGACAUGCCACCACACCAGUCAGCCACUGGGGGGGGCUGUGUUGCUGAGAAGAGACUGGGGACCUGCACUGUACCUCGGAUGGAUCUCCUUUGCGUUGAUGCUGGCCGGUGGGGUGUAUCUCACCACCAGAUGCCCCACUGGUGAGAGAGAGGUGUUUCUGCCUGGAGAGGGAAGGUACCCGAGGCAGGAGGAGGAGGCUAGUCAUCCUCUGAGCCGGAUCAACAGGACUACGUUCACAAACAGCCAGUAUGAACGCGGAUCAGUGGUUACCUGAGUGGACUGUGCAGUAAUAUUUAACUGAGUGAUUUAACUGGAAAAGCAAUAUGUGAAAUGACUGGAUAGAUUCAACAGCAGAAGCUGCACAUGUUGCAUAAUGAUGCACUGAUUUAACUAAGCAAGAGGCACAGCGAUGUGUCAUGUCACUACUUUUAUUGCUCAAUCCUCAUUUCCCCCUUUAAUAAUAUCCCUGUAAAAUUACACUUCUGUCUGUUUGCUUUACUCGAUGACAUUUUUGGUACUAAACUGACAUUAAGACAUUACAGACUUUUAAAUGUGAGUUAAUAUACUGGCCUUAAAACUAAAUACUGUAUUGCACAGAUACAUUAGAUUAAUGUAAUGUCAUAUUUGUUUUGUUUACUUGACAGUGGAAAAAAACUGUUUACAUCUGAGAUGAUGAUUCUGUGGAAUAAAUUGCAUUGCAAUGUU